UCUCGCUGCGUAUAAAGAGGCAGAACAAGCUGACACCUAGGCGAGGCUGAGGGGCGAUGUCUUUGCGGCGGCUCCUACUGUUUUAUGGGCCAAACUCCAGCAACCGUCGGUUCCGGCUUGUUUCAUUUUCGUUUCCCGGAAGGAUAGUAACCGGAGACCACGCUGCUCUGCGUUUGCUCACCAGCGGAGUGAGGGGGUGGCGGGGAUUUGGGCAGAAGACUGUUUGGCACGUGGAGGGUCCCAGCCCCUAGAGCAGCGGCUCCACCUUCCCUUUCCACCUGUAAUGCAGGUGAGGCUGUUAACGUGCUGAACCGUUGCCUAGCCGCGAUAAUGGACUGGAUGAGAGCUAACAAACUGAAGCUCAAUCCUGACAAGACUGAGACGCUGUUGGGUGAAGUGGCAGCUAGUUCUUCAAGUCCUGUGGCAACAUCUGCUUUUCCCCUUCCGUUGCAGCCCACAUCUGUGACAUCAUUGCAGCCACUCUACGAGGGACAAAUCUGCACAUUACCAGGCUGUCUCAGAAUCCAGCCCUCUCUGUGGAGCAAGGAUGAUGUGAUCCACUGGUUAAGAUGGGCGGAGAAAGAAUAUUCACUCAGGAAAACAGAUGAAAGCAAGUUUGAAAUGAAUGGGAAAGCUCUUUGUAUUCUCACCAAGGAAGAUUUCAGAUUCCGGGCUCCUAAUUCAGGAGACGUUUUAUAUGAAUUACUCCAAUACAUUAAGACCAAGAGAAGAGCCCUUAUUUGUAGCCCUUUCUUUAACUCUGCCAUUCAAGAUGCAGGACACACGCCGACCCAGAGCACUUCAGAAGGCCUGAAAUAUAGGUCAGAAGGUCUCUCAGCCGAUGGUCAUGAACACCCAACAAAAAGUUUGAUCAUCGCUACGAGUCAUCCAGGCCACGCAGACCUGCGCAGAUCUCCUACCAAGACCUUCUACAGUCCUGUGUCUAUCAGUUUCUCUAAUUGCAACUCGGAGAACAAUUACAGGGGAGAUAUUAUUUGUUCUUUUCCUGUGAUGGCACCAGCUCCAGUCAGUGGUAAAAUUGCAGACUGCAGGUUACUUUGGGAUUAUGUCUACCAGCUCCUCUGUGACAGCCGAUAUGAAUCAUUUAUCAAGUGGGAAGAUAAAGAGGCCAAGAUCUUUCGGGUGGUUGACCCCAAUGGACUAGCCAGGCUCUGGGGUAAUCACAAGAACCGUAGGAACAUGACAUAUGAGAAAAUGUCAAGAGCUUUGAGACAUUACUAUAAACUCAACAUCAUUAGAAAAGAACCUGGGCAGAAACUCUUAUUCAGAUUCCUGAAAACUCCUGAAGAGAUAAAACAUGACAAAUCCAGCAAAUAUGAACAGCUGGACAAUGAAGAGAAGGAAGGAGAGGACUGGAAAGAUGACGUGUUGGAAAUCUUACCAUAGAACAUUUGCCAAGCCACAGAAGAACUAAUAGAUAAAGCAAGAAUUCAUCUUUCCCAAGUUUGGCUCACUACCUGGUGGACCGCACUGGCUUGUGCGAGAAUGCAAUAGGAGUUAACCGCAAAUUUAAAAAAAUUACAUUGCUAUAUUCACUUUCAUAA